CUAUGUAUAGCAUUCCAGAUCUACAACGAAGAAGUUCGCGAUCUUUUAGGUGCUGAUAGAAAUCAGAAGCUUGAAAUCAAGGAACACGCAGAAAGAGGAGUCUAUGUGGCUGGACUUUCGAUGCAUGUUUGUCACGACGUGAAAUCUUGUCAUGAACUUAUGGAAAAAGGUUUUAACAAUCGACAUGUUGGUGCUACGUUGAUGAAUAAGCGAUCACGUUCUGUAAUUAAACUACUUUUUGAUUUUGUGCUGCCAGCCGCCUCAGCCUAA